UCCAUCCCCAAUGUUCCUGUAUUGUGGUCCACUAAACGUGUAUGUCUGGCUGAUUUUUGGUUCUGGAGCCUAGCGUCGAGGAAUGCACCUGAUGGACGGAGUGGAUAUGAUGGGCCCUCUGAGCGACGGUGGUUAUAUUGGAGGUUCACCGAAAUGUAAGUUACCGCUCGUCUAUCUAUAAAUACGACAAGGGAAACAGGAAUGACUCUGGUGAUUUUACUCAGUCGCUGUACUAGACAGAGAAAGAGAGGAAAUCGCUCCCUCCCUCUCUUACUUUCUGAGCUUUUUCGCAGAUUUUAAUGGCGAUUCGCCGAAGAAUUCGGCGAUUUUCGUAGAAAUCAGGCGCAAGCAAACGAAUCGAACGGCCAGAUUCUUCAGCAGAGAUCAUCGAGCAGGAGAUCAAGGUUUUCUGGUUUCAAUCCCUGACAGUCUUUAAAAGAGGCGUUUCUCAGAGUGAAAAAGAGAUAAGACUGCCCUGUUUCUGCUCUGCAAAUUGAAGAUCUCAGGUGGAGAAAAGCGAGGAAAUGCAGGGGGAAGUCCUCAGCUCGAUCUGAACUGAUAUCGAGGCGGGUUCACUUUACGAGCUUGACACUGUCCCAACUAGGCAGAAGCAACAUGAACCACCGCUCCAAUCCUCUCCACACAUCCAUCUCAUUCUCAUCAUCUCCACCGUCCAAGGCAGGCAAGGGAACAACAGGCAGGGACUGGGCCCAGAUCUACGCGAUCUAUGGCAUGGAAGAAUGGCAGACCCUGCUCUUCCUCCUUUUAUACGCCCUCAUCUUCUCCUUCCUCUCUCUCCUCCUCCUCCUCUACUUCUCCCCAUUCUCCCUUUUCCUCCAUUCCCACCUUCUCCCCUCCCUUCCACUAGCCUUCUCACGAUUCCUCGCUGGCCUCUCCAGCUCCCUCUCAGCCAUCUCCGCCCUCUGCCUCAUCUUCGCCUCCGGCAACAUCUUCUACUCCUCCGUCUCCCUUCACUGGGACAUGGCCCAGCGCAUGUUAGCCUCGGUCAGCGACUGGUCAACGGUCAAGACCGCCCUCGACAUCGGCUGCGGCCGUGGCAUCGUCCUCAACUCGGUGGCGCUCAUGCUCAAGAAGCAGGGCAGCUCAGGGAGAGUGGUGGGUCUCGAUCAGCGGCGGAAGACGACACUGGCCACGCUGCGGACGGCUGGGAUUGAAGGCGUGCAGGAGUAUGUGACUUGCCGGGAGGGAGACGCGAGGAGGCUGCCGUUCUCGGACAAUUACUUCGACGUGGUAGUGUCGGGAGUUUACUUGAAUACGGUGGGGAAGGAGUACGGGCAACGGACGGCUGCGGCUGCAGCUGAGAGGGGAAAGGUUUUGGGUGAGGUGGUGAGGGUGUUGAAGCCGGGUGGGGUCGGGGUAGUGUGGGACCUGGUCUGCGUGCCCGAGUACGUGCAGCGUCUACACGAGCUGCGGAUGGAGGAUAUCAGGGUUUCUGAGAGGAUUACAGCGUAUAUGGUGAGUAGUCAGAUCGUGUCAUUUCGGAAGCCGAGGGAUGAGGUGUGCCACACCGUGGUGGUUGAUUGGAGGGGGAACAUGGACUGAUGUUUUCAUCCGUUGAUUUUUCUUAGUUUUCUUGAAUUCUCAACUAAUGUAGAGAGAUACAGAGAUAGAAUCUGGGGAGACGAAGCCAAACCAGAUCUCUGUUUUACAUCUUUUUUUUUCUUUCUUUUUCUUUUUCUUUGUUAAAUCUUCAUAUUUCUUGAAGAAAAGUGUAUAAAAAAUGAUGUGGCGUCUCGUAUAGAAGACGGUUGGUAUUCUCUACGGCUGUGGACGGUUCCCUCUAGUUGUUGUUUUUUU